GGUUGAAUUUAUCUUCCUACACAAAUUCAUCUUUUGACUAUCAUAUUAAAACAUAUUGAAUCGUUUCACAGAAUAUCCAAUGUGAUUUCACUUUGAUAAUAAUUUUAAUUUGUUGUGUGAACAAGUUAAAUAUCAACAUAAUCAUCAGAUAAUACAAAUAAAUGUUUACUCGUACUCAUAAUAUACUCGUUGUUAGUGUAUUUUGGUAAAAGCUUCAUUAAAAUUCACAAAUAUAGCUUCGUAGUAAUCAACUAUAGCUACAAUUAGAGUUACCAGAAACAAAUCAAACUGAUAUGGUCAAUCAAAGUGGUAACAUAUUGAUCUCACUACUGUUAUUUAGCUGUUUAAUUGCUAAUUUAAUCAAACCAAGUGAAGGAGCUUAUUAUGGGUACAACCAGAACCUUCAAGAUCUUGUUGAUAAUGAGGAUCUCAUUGGAGGCUAUGAAGCAGGCAUUUUGUCCCAAAAAUCGUUACAGGAAAUUGGUAACUUAAGAGAUGAUAACUCUGCUUGGGAACCUGAAUUUCCGAGGUUAACUGAAGAUUCUGAUUGGCUUAAGCAUGAUUUCCUUAAUAAUCUGGGUCAAGUUGCCGGAAUUUCUUCUCAUAAAAAUGAUACACUUUAUAUUUUCCACCGAGGUAAUCAUAUUUGGGAUCACAGAACAUUUGAUUUAAAUGAACAUUACAAACACAUCGGCAAUGGACCAAUUCCAAAUGAUACUGUAGUUGUUGUUGAUACCAAGACUGGUAAAGUUAUCAAAUCAUGGGGAGCUAAUAAAUUUUACUUGCCCCAUGGUAUUAGUUUGGAUAAAGAAGGAAAUAUUUGGUUAACAGAUGUUGCUUUGCAACAAGUGUUUCGAUUUAAAAAGGAUGAUCUCGAUAAACCAGACUUGAUUUUGGGUCAACCCUUUCAACCAGGCCAUGAUUUCCAUCACUUUUGUCUCCCCACUGAUGUUGCUGUAGCCUCAUCUGGGUUAGUUUAUAUCAGCGAUGGAUACUGUAAUCGAAGGAUCUUAAUCGUAUCUCCAUCAGGAACAGUUCUUGAUGAAAUUGGAAUUAAAGAUAACUUGUUUAUACCACAUAGUUUGGUUCUUUUGGAAGAGGAGAACUUGAUUUGUGUGGCUGAUCGUGAAAAUCGUCGUAUUUUGUGUUAUACUGCAGGACUUGAUGAUCGAUCAAGGCCGGGAAUUCUUACUUUCAAUGUUAAUCAUCCGAGAUUAAAUCGUGUCUUUGCUGUUGAUCAUGUUGGUGAUGUAUUAUUUGCUCUAAGCGUCCCAGAUGAUGAAUCUCAAUCUGAAGGAGUCACUCUUGAUUUGGCUACAGAAAGAAUUAUAGAUACGUGGAAACCAGCUUCAGGAUUUGGUCAACCACACGAUAUAACUGUAUCAUUAGAUAAAAAGAGUCUAUUUGUCAGCGAUAUUGACCCUAAAAGUCCCAAGAUUUAUAAAUUUAAUAUGUGAUUCGUUUAAAUUUGAAACGAAAUGAAAUCAGCUAAAAUUGUCAAAUUGUUUUAUUGUCGUUUUUGAUUUCAAUUGAGUUUAUCUUUACUUAUAAAUUGACCCAUUCAAAUCUUAUCAGUAUCAAAAUGAUUGGAUAUGAAACAAAAUUAUAAAUAAAUGCGUAUUUUUUUGGUUAUAA